UGUGACAGGUCACAGGAAGGAGAAGAGCUGAUGUCGGUGGAGGCAGGCAGCAGGUGGUUGUCACAUAAAGAGGCUCAGGUGGUGCUGAGGAGGGAGGGAGGAGAGAAGGGUCUUCCAGUAGACUGUUGUCCCUCUACACUGGAGAUGGUGGAGCCUCAAGGAGGAAUUAACCAAGAUGGCUUGUUGGUAGAACUCUUUUCCGAAGCAGAAAACAGGCAAAGGUUUUACGAGCUCUCCUGUCGAGCCGGUGUAGAGGGCAAACCAUGCCGCUUUAUGGAUCGCAGACUACACAACCAGUCCCGAUGUGUACAGAAGUACUCGUACACGUACGCUAUCGUGAGAGAACCAUCACCUUCUACCCACACCAACCACAGAUUACACCACUUUCCCUCCUUCCCUUCCGGAGGAUCCAACUGGAUGCUGGACUACAUCCGGGUCCGAAGUGGAUGUAGCUGCGAAGUGUCUCCUCGGGUCAAAAGAAGACGGGCGAAAAACAAACGAGGGAAGAACAAACGAACUGAGAUUAGUGAGGAAGAAUGAGUGCAGGACUUGUGUAAGCCUGUCUCUUGUGAGCUUUAAUUCUAACUCUAAUGAACUUUUCUUUUGUGAGGAUAACGAUGUGAAAGUGGUCAGUUCUUCAUCUUCUAAAAGUGCUUACUUCUUGGAAUUUGUGGAACAUCACAGAUUUACUAUUCAUCUUAUGCUGAAAAUGUACAGCUAAGAACCUUUUUUGUGACAAUUUUUUAUUGGUUUCAUUUAACUACAACUGAUACAAUUGCUUCCAAUUGGUAUUUAUUGGUAUGAAUUUCAAUGCCAAAAGAAUAGCAUAAUAAAAAUGUAUGAAUUCAUAGGGACUUUGCAUCUAGGAUCAAGUAUUUUUAUAAAAAAAUUGUAGCUUUUAGUUAAAUUUUGUGGUUGAGACUAACCACAGAAAUAAGAAUAUAUACCGAAAAAUGGCAGAGAAAAUGACAAUGUUCGUCAAAAUGACCUCCAUUGUAUAAGCUGAUCUAAGAAGCAGCAAUUAAUGAUAUUUACUCUUUUGGCUAGUUUCUUUGAUUUUUAAAAUUCUCAAUAUAGUGUCACAGACAUAAAUGACUUACUUUUUUCAGUUUUUUUGUAAUUUCCAUCGAUCAGUUGACUAGUUUGAUAACAAAAUGUUCAAAAGUCAACAACAAAACAAUACUUUGGUUGUAAAACUUUAGUUUCAUUCUAUCGAGUAUUUUCUACAUGUUUCUAGUGUGAACAACUUUUUGUUGGUAAAAUAAAUUUUUUUAAUGUUAGUCACAAAGUGUAUUGUGGUAAUUAAGUGUUGAAGACUGUGAACAUAGAAUGAUGAAUAUGUUUAGCAAAGUAUAUCUAGUCUGAAAAAAGGAAAGAUUAAAUUACUAAACAUCCCCCAGGUCUAAGCCAGGCAGGAAAACAAAUUAUUUUAAUCAUAUUUUAAAUUGUAUAGAACCUCAUUAAUCUGCCUAGUUUUGCUAACAAGAAAAACAAACAAAGCGUUCAAGUAAAUGCUUGUGUUUUUUUAGUUUCAGUUUUUUAUUCUACUACAUAAAUACAUAUUUAUAGUAUAUUUACGCUUAUUUAUUUAGAUUUAUAAACAUAAGUGCCAUUUGUAAAUUUCACUACAUUAUUAAAAUAAAAUAUAUAUUAUACAAAGACAUUUUAAUCAGUCAUUUAGUGAACUCAACGUAGUUUUUUAAAUAAAUUUUAUAUGCAAAUAAAAAUGUCUGCUUUCUAUUACUUCAUAAAUAUUUCAAAUUAUUCAAAUCACAUCUACCUCAGAAAUCUAUUGUUUUUACAAAGAUUUUGUUAAGAUAGAGUUAUAAACUGAGGGAUUAUCUUUACUUACAACAAUACCCUAAAAUUUAAAUUUGUAACCAUUGAAGUUAAUAUACAACAAGGUAUCACCGUUUGCCUGCUUAAAGGUGUUUAAUUUAUGUUAGACAACAGUUUAGCUGAUUUUGUAGUGACAAAACACUAUCAGUAUUACAAGGUGUUUCGCUGUAUUUUUUUAUGUGCCAUCAUCUAUUUGUGGAAAAACUAUUGUAAUCACAAUAUCAAAAAUAACAAUUUUUAAUAUUUUAUCAAUUGUUAAUAGAAUGUUUAGUAUGUAAAAUAUUUUUUAUAAUAUUUCAAUGUAUGAUUGUUUACUGAUAUUAGUUGCAGUCCUCUUCUGUUACCAAGUAUUUUAUGUAUAUAUUAGAUUAUCCACUAUUUUUUGGCAGAAAGUCAAAUGAAAGCCAAAUGUAAA